AUGCACCACAAAAAUCUUAGUGUGAUUGGUUUGCUGGUAGACGAAGUGAACCCUCUUGUGAGCGUGAUGAAGGUUGACAAGGCCCCAACUGAAUCCUAUGCAGACAUUGGAGGUCUUGAAGAUCAGAUCAUGGAGAUGAAGGAGGCUGUGGAAUUGCCUUUGACUCAUCCGGAACUGUACGAGGAUGUUGGCAUUAAGCCACCCAAGGGUGUCAUCCUGUAUGGAGUGCCUGGCACUGGAAAAACUCUCCUGGCUAAGGCCGUCGCAAGUGAGACUUCUGCAACCUUUCUCCGAGUUGUCGGAAGUGAAUUGAUCCAAAAAUAUCUGGGAGAAGGGCCCAAGCUGGUGCGAGAAAUGUUCCGAGUCGCACAAGAACACGCUCCAUCCAUCAUUUUCAUCGAUGAGAUCGAUGCAGUUGCCACAAAGAGGUAUGACACAACCAGUGGUGGCGAGAAAGAGAUUCAGCGUACAAUGUUGGAGUUGCUGAAUCAGCUGGACGGCUUUGACGAUCGAGGAGAUGUUAAGGUGAUCAUGGCAACAAACCGCAUAGAGUCGCUGGAUCCUGCCAUGAUCCGUCCAGGCCGCAUUGAUCGUAAGAUUGAGUUUCCGCUUCCGGACGAAAAGACGAAGCGGCGCAUCUUCCAGAUCCAUACGGGAAAAAUGACCUUGGCGGACGAUGUUAACCUGGAGGAGUUUGUCGUUGCCAAGGAUGAUCUAAGUGGUGCUGAUAUCAAGGCGAUUUGCACCGAAGCAGGAAUGCUUGCGCUCCGCGAGCGACGAAUGAAGGCUGACAUGAGAAAAGCCAAGGAAAAGGCCCUCUACAAAAAGAAAGGAUUUUCCCAGACACUUUGCGUCAGUUGCGCCAUGCUGAGCGUUUGCAUCUUUGAAGUGAAGUUCAAGGAACUUCAAGAUAAGUUUCAGGAAGUGCUCGACGGCUACAACACUCAGAAGGCUGAGUCCAAGGACUUGAAGGAUGAAAUUGCCAGUAACAAGUCUGCAACGGACACCCUGGUGGAUGAGAUCCGUCAAGAGCUUCAAACUGCGACUUCUGAAUUGAAGGAGAGACUUGAGCGACUCCAAGAUGAUCCAGAUGGCGAAGGGGGCAUCAAGCAACUUCGAACAGAGGUGACAACUUUUUCAGAGGAGAUCAACAAGUAUAGAAAUGAGAUGGAAGACCACGGAAGGAAAACAAAAUCCUGCAAGAGUGACACGGACGACAUGAGAAUCAAGAUGGCUGAGUGCAUGAAGAAAUGCGAAGACACUACAAAUGCAGGAAAUUCCGCUGAGGUCAGGCUCAAAGAGAUUGAAGACACAUGUCAGCAAGUCCAAGAAAGACAGAAGGUGGUGGAAGAUUCAGUGGCCGGCAAGUACAGUGAGCUGUGGAAGGAUGUCCUGCAUGCUUUGGAUAAGAUGAAAAACGAGAUGCUGGAGCUUGUACAGGAGGACACGGGAACGAAGUUUGACAUUCAGUCCCAGGUCAAGUACGUCUCCAAAUUAAUUUCGUCUGUCCACAAUGACCGGCGGAAACUUGCAGUGACCAAGCAAUUUCUCACCUUUUGGCAGCACUAUACUUGGACAGAGGUUCACAGGAAGAUUGGUCUCAAUAUCAUCGCAGGCUUUUUCAGGCGGCGGACACACCAGGUGUUGCAUCGAUGGGUUCACCAUACCUCCAUCGAAAACUUGAAAGCAGACUUGCGAACGGAAUACUCCAAAAUGAUUCCUGAUUUGCCAAAGGAAAUCGAGGCAUCAGGACUGCCAGACAAAUGCUUACAACUCGAAGGUGAACUAGAGACCUCGAGGAAAGACUUGGGCGAAAUGAAAGUUAGCGUCGAAGAUUACGGGACACGCAUUGACAGAAGUGAAGCGCGAGCAAAUGCUGAAGACAGCCGCGCUGAAGAACUAUCACUGCGGCUGCAAGAGGUUGCAGAGGAAUUGCAAGCCUUUAAGCCGCAAACCCAUGAAACAAUGAGUCAGCUUGGAGCGCGCAUUGAAGACACACAGCUUUGGAACAAGAAACUGGAGGAGGACCAAAGACAUUUAGCCAAGAUGGAGGAGGUGAAAGAAGUUCAAGCUGACAUUGCUCGGUUUUGGCUUUGCAUCAAAACUUUGGACACUGCCAAAGCCAACAAGACGGACGUGGACUCUUUUGCCUUGGAGACAAGAAAUAUGCACAAGCAGUCCUCCCGGCACAUUCAAGACUUGGAAGAGAAAGUUUCGGACAAAGUGCAAGAGGAGACCAUCCGAAUGCAAGAGAAGUGUUCAGAGCUCGAUGGCAAGGUAGAUGAAAGAGCGAAGCAGCUUGAACAGAUGAGUGCUCACAUGGACAAUCAGUGGCAACGACUUGCUGCCCUUGUGGAGAAGCUGGCAAAUGAGCAGCAGAUGCUUGUGACUCAGGCUGCGCCAAGGACAACCAGAAAUUCGAGACCUGCGAGUGCACAAAGGUUGCCGCGCAAUGGAUCGGAGAGGACUCUGGAUGUGUCAAGCAAUAUACCAGUUGCGACAGUGAACGCGUUGUCACCGAUUGACAGCUCGCUGAGAGAGAGAGAAAGACUAGAACCGUCUGUGAAUGGCAUUCUGGGGCCGAAAAGCCGCGGAGGUCGUGAAGUCCCCAGGACAGGAGCCUUUCAAACAGCGGUGACCCAAAGUGAGCUUUCUGAAAUGCUUUGUGAUUCUAGUCUGUCCGAGAACUCGGCUUUUGAGCAUGGAGCCCCGAGCGCCCCGAGCCAUCUCCAUGGUAGCAAGAAGCUACAUAUGGCUAUGGGCUACGGGAACGGUGAACAAGCUGGCAGGAUCAUGGACGUGAACAGGAUCUUUUGUGCAGAGCAGAUCACAGUCCCUCCGGCCCUUCCGGAUAUUCUGAAGGCAACCUGGCACGACUUCACCAAGGCCGUGAUCAGAGAGGACCCCUCAGCAGGUGAGGCUGAUCCUGCUCGGUUCUUAGCCGUGUCAGUAUACCGCUCCACCUUCAGUUGUCGAGUAAAAACUGGAAUCAAGAGGGAGAGUUCGAAAGUGCAUGAGCAAAGGAGGAAUGCAGUGAAUGCAGUAGAGUUCUGUCAUGUUCGGAGUAUGAAGAAGAGCUUGCAAGGCUCCGACGGGAGAAUCUUUGGAUGCGCCACCGUCUUGGAUUUGCCCAGGUUCUGGGCAAGCUCAGCAUUAGUGGAACAAGAGAGGCAUGCUUGCUACGCCAACUCUAUCCGCUGGUACUCCUACAGGGAAGCUGGUCUUGCUCCCAUCGUCAUCAAUGGAGGGAUUGUGGAGGCGAAAGAAUACACUUUUCAGACAAAGUCCUUGUGGCAGAAGAGUGCGGUGAAGUUGUCAGCUUGGGAAGGUAAUUUGACAGCAGAGUUCACCCAAGACCUCGACAAAGUUGCCCUGCCUGCCAUGUCUGUGGAACUUGGGACAAAUAAUAAGCGUGGAAAUGGACGAUGGAAGCGGAAGCUCCAGCUUCCGAUGAGUCCGAAUGCUCCUGUCCGACUUUCCUGGGAUGUAGCCAGCAUGGUCCUCAUUAGUUAUGAUGUUUGGUGGAUACCUCUUCAAUGCUUCAAUCCCGAUGAGGAUUUUUUCACCACCAUGAUGGGCUGGAUCUCGCUGGUCUUUUGGACAUUGGACAUGGCAGCAACCCUGAUGGUGGGUUACUUUGACAACGGUGAGCUGAUUCUGGAUCCCAAAAAGAUUGGGUGUAGGUAUUUGCGGACAUGGUUUCUUCCUGACCUGAUUGUGGUACUACCUGACUGGUUUACCCGCGUUGUAGACACUGAAGGUGGAGAUGGACUAGCCACAGCUGCGAGGAUGAUCAAAGGUUUCCGAGCCAUUCGGAUUCUUCGACUGCUGCGGCUGUUGAAACUUCAACGCUUGAUGAACAUGGUCUACGACCUGAUUGACAGUGAGUACAUGUUCAUUGUGUUUACCAUGAUCCGCUUAAUUGUCGCAAUCACUGUUCUGAAUCAUGUGAUAGCGUGUAUUUGGUACCUCGUUGGCUACCUGAGUAUGGAAGCAGGCAUGCCAAACUGGCUAGAGGAUACAGGAUUGCAACCAGUCAAAGAAGCAGAGUUUGCAUGGCGGUAUUUGACGUCUCUCCACUGGAGCCUGACUCAAUUCACGCCUGCUUCAAUGGACGUCAGCGCCCGGAACGAGUGGGAAAGAGUGAUGUCAAUUCUUGUUCUGUUUUUUUCCUUGGUUGCCUUCUCCUCGAUUGUAGGAAGUGUAACGAACUCCAUGACUGCUCUGCGCAACAUGAGCGGGGACAACAAAAAGCAGUUUUGGCUCCUGCGGCGCUUUUUGAAUCACAAGAAAAUAGGUAAGACGACAUCUGCACGAAUUAUCCGAUUCCUGGAGCACCAGACUGCGAACCAGCAGGGUGAUGUGAAUCCAAGUUCCAUCACAAUUUUGACACUGCUCUCAGAACCUUUGAAGAAUUUGUUGGCGUACGAGCUCAGCAAGAAGCACGUAGAACUCCACCCGUUCUUCGCUCAUCUGGAGCAAGAGAUGAGCCCAAUUCUUGUGAAGCUUUGCGAUACAGUUCUUCAAGCGAUUGAUUUGGCAAGUGAAGAUGUUGUUUUUCAUCCUGGUGAAGAAGGGGAGAAAAUGUACUUCGUCAAGAGUGGAAGUUUCGAGUGCGCCGUGUGGCCAGCUUCCGGUUGUAAUUUGUGUUUUGUCUUGGUCAUGAAACGUGCAGAGUGCCAGGAGAGCCAAUUUCGUUCCGGUUUUGCAAACUGGGAAUGCAUAAUCACUCAUUCCAGACUGAUAGCGGCAUUCAACAUGCUCUCUAGUCUUAGACCAACCUUGCCCAUCCGCCUGCCGAUCUACGCAAUGCUCUCUGAGAUGCCGAUGGUGCCCUUUCCAAAGAGUGAAGGAAAGAGGGAUGACUUGGUGCUGCUCGAUGGAGAGUCGCUCCUUGCGAAGCCAGAGAACGCCUGUUCUGCAGGUGCUCCCAUGGACCUUGCCGACUGUUUUGCCGCACAGGAUUUUGGUGCAUGUAGCUCAGUGCUUUUGCAGGAGCUCAAGGGUGGUGAAGAGACCGACUUGCUGCCACUGCUGGUUGGAAUGCUAGGCCAUAUUGGAGGAAUUGAAUUUGCUGAUCAAACAGACCAAAGACAAAGGCGACGCGGAGCAUUUACCAAAUCUGUGCAGGUUAGUGGGCAGAAUGUCAAGGUUCCGGAAUCAGAAGCAUUUCGAAGACUGCGCAGGGCUGCUUUUCCUUCGGAUGCCAAGACAUUGGUUUCUCACGAGCUUGGAGAUGGGCUUGACUCUGAUGAGAUUUCAGGAGACGUUUUGGCCAGAUUUGGAUUCUUGGAAGGCAGGCGCGGAUCAGAAGAUCUGAGGAAAGCGAUGAACGAUGAGCUCGGAGAUGAGCGAAGCCUUGCUGAGGAGCCAUGUGGCUUUUGAGUUUAGCAUGGUGUUUCACGGACACCACUGCUGGAAAGAGAAAAAAACC